GGCCCGGCCUCCCGGAGCCCGCUCAGCUCCUGCGCCCGACGUCUGGGGCCCCGCCGCGCUCCGGGGCCGUCGCGACGCCGCGGCUUUGUCCCUCCAGCCCGCGGGCCCCGGUGGUGGCCGCUCGACGCCUUUGGGCGCUUCGAACGGGGCGCCGUCGUUUUCCGCCCCUCGCGGCUUGGCCCCGGCCGGAGCACUGCGCGCCCCGACCCCUGGCCGGGCCCUCGUCUCUCCAGGUUUUCUCUCAGGGUCUCUGUCCCCGUGCCUCGGUGUCCCCGGUGUCGUGGUCCGCCUCUUGCCUCACGCUGUCUCUGGCCCUGCAUCUCUCUCCAGGCGGACGCCGCGGGCAUGGACUAUUCGUACGACGAGGACCUGGACGAGCUGUGCCCAGUGUGUGGGGACAAGGUGUCCGGCUACCACUACGGGCUGCUCACGUGCGAGAGCUGCAAGGGCUUCUUCAAGCGCACAGUGCAGAACAACAAGCACUACACGUGCACCGAGAGCCAGAGCUGCAAGAUCGACAAGACGCAGCGCAAGCGCUGUCCCUUCUGCCGCUUCCAGAAGUGCCUGACGGUGGGGAUGCGCCUGGAAGCCGUGCGUGCUGACCGCAUGCGGGGUGGCCGGAACAAGUUUGGGCCCAUGUACAAGCGCGACAGGGCACUGAAGCAACAGAAGAAAGCACAGAUUCGAGCCAAUGGCUUCAAGCUGGAGACAGGCCCCCCAAUGGGGGUGCCCCAGCCUCCUCCUCCUCCUCCGGACUACAUGCUCCCCCCCAACCUGCAUGCGCCCGAGCCCAAGGGCCUGGCAUCGGGUCCACCUGCUGGGCCACUAGGCGACUUUGGAGCCCCAGCGUUGCCCAUGGCCGUGCCUGGCACCCACGGGCCACUGGCUGGUUACCUCUAUCCUGCCUUCCCUGGCCGUGCCAUCAAGUCCGAGUACCCGGAGCCCUAUGCCAGCCCCCCACAGCCUGGGCCACCUUACGGCUACCCGGAGCCCUUCUCCAGCGGGCCGAGUGUGCCCGAGCUCAUCCUGCAGCUGCUGCAGCUGGAGCCUGACGAGGACCAGGUACGGGCUCGCAUCGUGGGCUGCCUGCAAGAGCCAGCCAAGGGCCGCCCUGACCAGCUGGCGCCCUUCAGCCUGCUGUGCAGGAUGGCAGACCAGACCUUCAUCUCCAUCGUGGACUGGGCGCGCCGCUGCAUGGUGUUCAAGGAGCUGGAGGUGGCCGACCAGAUGACCCUGCUACAGAACUGCUGGAGUGAGCUGCUGGUGUUUGACCACAUCUACCGCCAGGUCCAGUACGGCAAAGAGGGCAGCAUCCUGCUGGUCACCGGACAGGAGGUGGAGUUGAGCACGGUGGCCGCCCAGGCCGGCUCACUGCUGCACAGCCUGGUGCUGCGGGCCCAGGAGCUGGUCCUGCAGCUGCACGUGCUGCAGCUGGACCGUCAGGAGUUCGUCUGCCUCAAGUUCCUCAUCCUCCUCAGCCUUGAUGUGAAGUUCCUGAACAACCAUAGCCUGGUGAAGGAUGCCCAGGAGAAGGCGAAUGCGGCCCUGCUGGACUACACGCUGUGCCACUACCCGCACUGUGGGGACAAGUUCCAGCAGCUGCUGCUGUGCCUGGUGGAGGUGCGGGCCCUGAGCGUGCAGGCCAAGGAGUACCUGUACCACAAGCACCUGGGCAAUGAGAUGCCGCGCAACAACCUGCUCAUUGAGAUGCUGCAGGCCAAGCAGACCUGAGCGGCUGGAGGGGAGGCACCAGCCUGAGCUAGGAGCUGCUCAUGGGACAGGCAGGGCCUGGCUUAGGGGGUGGCCCUCACCUGCCACUGGCACUUGCCUGCCACCCAGAGUGCCCCAAGGAGGCGGCUGCCAACCACCUCCUUCCCCUGCUCCCAGCUUCCACCCUGGAGUCCAAAGCUCCAGGUUGGGGGAGGAAGUCUGGGAUUCCCUGGGGGCCCUUCAUGUCCUCCCUCCGCCUUGUCCUGGAAUCAGAAGCGGAGGAGGUUGAGUGGGCAUCAGUGGGGGAAGGAGAGGGGGUCUGCAGAACCCCGCAGAGGGGAGGGACGCCCUCUAUUUUGUACACUAGAGAUAAGUGGGUUUGCUAAAUUGGGCUGGGGCUGUUGGCCCUAGAGAAACCUGGACACUUGAGGGCCAGAAUACCUCCCUCCAGGCCUCAACCCAUCUCACUUCUGCAGGGGAGGCUCUGAUCCAGGAUUUUGCUAUGACUGCCUUCUCUCCCCUCCUUCUGCCUUGCCCAGGAGGAGUUUGGUACAGUCCACAUCUCGCCCGCCCACACCUGGCCAGCCAGGCUGGGACUAAUCUGCAAGGGUGUAGCCGAGAGGGUUUUGCCUUUUUCUUUGUUUCCGUCUCCUAGACACUCCUGGAGAGGCCUGUGUGUGCUGGAGGGCAGGGACAGAUUUGAGGACUGAGCAGGACCUGGUGGCUAGCACCAAGUACAGGUCCAGGCUUCUUCCCAGGCUCUGGUCCCCAGUAUCCUGGGCUGUUGGGGGCGGGGAGCUGGUUGAUUUUUCUGAGCACCCUGCUGCAAUCAAGAGAAGACCUGUUUAUGUCCUCCGUGGCACUGGGUGAAUCACUGGGGCCCAUGGGGGAUCAGAGUCUUGUGGGUGGAAAAUGGCUAAACCCAGGAGGGCACAUAGGUCCCUGGAUCAGGCCAGUGCUGAGGAGCUCUCCCUUGUGGCCCUGUCCCAGAGGUCCCUGGCUGCAACCCUGGAAGCUGGCCUCAGUGCCCUGACCUCUCCCGCUGUCCACCCUGCUUUUGCGUCACUGUUGCAGCUUGUGGUGAGCCUGCCAGGUUGGGUGAGGCUGGGCGUCCCCGCCCCUGCUUUCUGCCACCCUAUCUCAGCCCCCACCUCAGCCCCCCAAAAAUGCAUGCCCCUGCCAAGGCCAGAGACCCACAGCCCUGAAACAAGAAGUGCCCUUACAAAUCUCCCCAGCCCCUGAAGCCCUCAAAUAAAUUUUGCAAUUAGUUUCCA